AAGGAAGAGCAGCUGCCGGGGAGGGGAGGGAGCCCCCCAAACCCUGCGACUCUGCAGAUUCCUCUCGGAGGGAUGCGGCGCCUCUUAGUCGUGAGAGGCCUCUGAAAAUGAUCAUCUACUGGCGGAGGCCGCGCCUGUCCCUGUUUGCUGAGGCUCAUGGGAAAUGUAGUCCGAAGGGAGGGGGCGCUGCCUUCGGAGCAGACGUGUGAUUGGCCAGGGCGGCGUCGCCAGGGCAACGCGCGAGGGGCUGACCGCUGGGUCCGGGGAGAGGCGGGCGGGACCGCGUGGGACCACUUACCCGAAGUGGCCUCGGGUGGCCGAGGUCCCCCGUGGUGGCUCCAAGAAGACUCCCGGCACAACAAUGCCAUCCCCACUGGGCCCCCCGAGUCUGCCCUCUGUGGACCCCGAGGCCACCCUGGAGGAUCCUGAGGCAGCACGCCAGCGCUUCCGGGGCUUCUGCUACCAGGAGGUGGCCGGUCCCCGCGAGGCGCUGGCCCGGCUCCGGGAGCUCUGCCGCCAGUGGCUGCGGCCCGAGGUGCACUCCAAGGAGCAAAUGCUGGAGCUGCUGGUGCUGGAGCAGUUCCUGGGCGCGCUGCCCCCCGAGAUCCAGGCCUGGGUGCGGGGCCAGCAGCCGGGCAGCCCUGAGGAGGCCGCUGUCCUGGUCGAGGGCCUGCAGCAUGACCCUGGGCAGCUGCUGGGCUGGAUUACAGCACAUGUCCUGAAGCAAGCGGUGCUCCCGGCCACACAGAAGGCAGAGGAGUCUGUGGGGAGCUCCCACCCUUCAGGGACAGUGGAGCCCCUAAGGGCAGCCUCUGGGGAGGGGUCCAAGGACGCCCAGAUGGAGGGGAACGCCCAGCUCAGCUGCAGCGUGAAGGAGGAGCCUGAUGGCUACGGGCAGGAGACGGCACCGUCCAGCCCCCCACAUCCAGGCCGGUCCCAUGAGGGGCCCGCUGAACAACAGGAACCGACCUCCGUGCCCUUCCAGCCACCCGGGAUUCAGGAGGAGUGGGGGCUCCUGGACCCGUCACAGAAGGAGGUGUACUGGGACGCGAUGCUGCAGAAGUAUGGCACGGUGGUCUCCCUGGGUGAGGACCCCUCUCCUCCGGGUCCUUGCGCGCACCUUGCCUCCCGGCGCUUCCCAAGCCGCACCCUGGCCACCCGCCGGGGCCCCCACCCCUGUCCCUCAUCUGUGCGAAUCCCUCACGCCCCCGUGCCAGGGCUCGCGCCCGAUGGGCCCCCGACCCCAGCAGGGUUGCCGUGCCCCCUGCCGGAGGCGCGCACUGAACCGGAGCCGGAGGCGCUGAGCACCGGAUCCGAGGGAGCGAGAAGCCUCCGCCCAGGAGGUGAGAGCGAGAGCUCCCGAGAGGGCAGGCCCGGCUGCCCGGAGGCCCCGCCGCCCGCGCGGGGCAAGCCCUACACGUGCGCGCAGUGCGGCCGCACCUUCGACUGGAAGUCGGUGUUCGUCAUCCACCGCCGCGCGCACGCGGGCGGCCCGGGCGCCGAGAAGCAGCCGGUGGGGCCGCCCCGGCGCGCGCUCCCGGGCCCGCGCAGCUACGCCUGCGAGGAGUGCGGCCGCAGCUUCAGCUGGAAGUCGCAGCUGGUCAUCCACCGCAAGGGCCACGCCGGCCAGCGGCGCCACUUCUGCGGCGACUGCGGCCACAGCUUCGACUGGAAGUCCCAGCUGGUCAUCCACCGCAAGAGCCACCGGCCCGAGGCCCCGUGAGCGCUGGAGGGGCAGCCUCGCCGGGGCUCCGGGCCCAGCCCGCCCCUGCUACUCCACUCCGCCGCAGCCUGGAGAGCUGGAGGCCGCCCAGGGCAGAAGUCAGAGUCCCAGGAGGGUGCCCCGUCCCUGCUCAGUCUCCCCCCAAAGCCGCGGCUCCCUCCACUCCUGUCUCGCCCACCCCACCAUUCAGAGAGAGAGGCCUGGGCUCCAGUACACCGCCGCACGGGACCAGCGGCGGCCGGGUGACUUCCAAACGCCUCCUGUGACAUGGUGCCGGCCGGUGCAGAAAGCCCAGGAGAGCACAGCCUGCUUCUGUUUGCAGGCAGGUGGAAGGCUAAAGUCUGCCCACUGUGCAUUUCAGAUUUUUAACAAAUUCCAGUUUUAUCCCGGAGGAGCUUCUGCGUAAGAAUCCUGAGCUCUGGUCUCUGGUGGUCAGAUCAGCAGCCCCUGCCCUUCCUGCCGGCAGCUGGAGCUUCAGAGCUGCCUGCCCACGAGCAGGGUCGGUGUCCGGCUUACCUGUUCCUCGGCCACACACAUCACUCCCUGGCCUUGUCCUUCCAGCUGUCGAGUCCCAGCCUGAACGGACGUGAAGGGAACUUCUUUCCAAGUAUGGAUGGACAAGCAUGGUGUCUGAGAACAGAUGUCACUUAGGCCAUGCAUGCUGGCAGAUCAGUGAAUCACAGCAGGAGGGCGGACGAUCAGCUGCCUGCCGCCCACGGCAGUCCGUCUGUGGGCAUUCAGGACUUUGGCCAGUGUCCUGUAGUACUUUCCUACUGUUGCUCUAACGAACUCGGUGGCUUGAAACAACACAAAACGUACUCUCUUGGGACUCUGAAUUGGGUCUCACUGGGCCCAAUCAAGGUGUCAGCAGGGCUGGUUCCUCCUGAAGGCUCUAAGGGGGGAAUCCACUUUAAGGCUUUUUCUAGCUUGUAGAGGCCGCCGCGUUCCUCGGUGGUGGCCCCUUCCUCCAUCUUCAAAGCCAGCAGUGGAUGGUUAAGUCUUAUGCUGCCUCCCCCUUGUAAGGACCCUCAGGGUUACAUCUACGGCUCCCCUGGUAACCCGUGAUGAUCUCCCCAUCUCAGGGUCACAUCUCAUCCAUGCCCCACCUACACACCUGAUCUCAUCUGCAAAAUCCCUUCUGCAUGUGAGACAACAUUCACAGGUUCCAGGGAUUAGGACAUGGAUGUCUUUGGGGACUGUUAUUCCGCACCCUUCUCUGUCACCUUUCUGCUCUGAAAACAAGGGACAUUUUCGUGGGAGGUGGUUUCAGGGAAACAGGUGCACCCACAGAAGGAGCCCUCUGCAGCCUCAGGCUCAUGCAGGGGUGGCAGGUGGGUGUUGAGCGUGGCUGUGACCAUGGUUACUAGCAGAGGUGGGGUGGACACCUGGGCUGCGUGGGGGGGACCUUGCUGCAGCCUGAAGCUGGGAGGGAGAGGCCUCCAUCUGGAGGACCCGUCUCCUCCAUCCCCAGUCUUCUGAGGACCUUUGACCUGUCGACCACACUCAGGCCUGGGGAAGCAGAGCCAGGCUGGAGAUGGAACUGGGCACUGGUGAUCUUGUUACCGAGUCCAAGCUUGUACUGCUGGCCGCACCACAGGCCAAUAAAUUGAGAGCCGAGUUGUUGAGGCGAGGAAUAAUGACUUCAUUCAGAAAGCCAGCAGACUCGGGACUUCCCUGGUGGCGCAGUGGUAAGAAUCCGCCUGCCAACGCAGGGGACACAGGUUCGAUCCCUGGUCUGGGAAGAUCCCACAUGCCUCGGAGCAACUAAGCCCGUGCGCCACAACUACUGAGCCUGCGCUCUAGAGCCCGAGAGCCACAACUACUGAAGCCCGUGCGCCUAGAGCCCGUGCUCCGCAGCAAGAGAAGCCACCGCAGUAAGAAGCCUGGCGCAACUGGAGAGAAAGCCCGUGUGCAGCAACGAAGACCCAACGCAGCCAAAAAUUAAUUAAUUAAAAAAGAAAGUGCUUUAAAAAAAAUAGAAAGCCAGCAGACCAAGAAGGUGGUGCACUCGUGCCCCAAAGAACCAUCUUGCCUGAGUUAAAAUUCAGGUUUCUUUCAUACUGAAAGGGGAGGGAGUAAAGUCAAACAUUUCCUGGCUCAGGUCAGCCCCGGGAGGGGAUGUGUUCAUUUCUUCUCCCUGCAGUCAUUCACAGGGGGGCCUGGUCAGGAGGUUUCCUGGGAGCUGAACAAAGGUAUUUUAGCUUAAUGCCCAUUAUACCUGGGAGGCAGGGCUCCCAGAAAUGGGCCAUUGUGUAUAUUGAAGCUUAAAGGCAACAUCCCUCCGGUGACUAACUUGUAACAGAAUACAAAGGUGCUUCCCUGUUACAAUCUGGUUGGCAAGCAGGAAGCUUCAACCAUGCCAGGGACACGGCGGAAGAGGACAGCAGGGCCCGAGCGCUCAGGCCAGGCCGAGGGCCCAACGUCGGGACCGCCAGGUGCUGAGGGAGAGCGGUGGGCAAUCUUCUAAUGCAAUUUUCCAUAUUUAAAAGUAGUUUAUGUUCACUUAGAGAAAUCUGAAAUAUACAAGAGGGCAAAGGAGAUCGCAGAAACGACCCCUAAUGCUGCUGUCUUAUUCUCAGUGUUCACCCGCGGGGGUUUGGUCACACAGCUUGUGAAGCUACUGUACGUUGUGAAUCGUGCUCUUCCCACGCAGCUCCCUGUGUUAUUAAAAAUGCCUGGGUGGAAA